CACGAGCGAGAGAGAGAGGGAGAGAUACCCAGCCCCUCCAGAGUGUAGAGGCGUCAAACGGCCGCCAGAGCAUCCCGGUUACGCACCGUUCCGAGGCCCCAGAAGCGCCAGAACCAGCUGAAGGAGAAGUCAGCGUAGCCGGGCACACGGUCGCAGCCGCAGUCAGUGAUGGAGAGCCUGCUGGAUAAUCCAAUGAAAGCCGUUCUGUACCUGAAGGAGCUCACCACCAUCGUCCAGAACCAGCAGAGCCUGAUCCAGACGCAGCGCCAGCGCAUCGACGAGCUCGAGCGCAAGGUGGAGGACCUGAUCGGCGAGAACCGACUGCUGCGCGACCCGCACCACUACGUCCAGCAGCCGGCUCCGCACCAGCAGCAGCACCACCACCCCCACCACCACCAGCACCCGACCCACCGCAGCGUCAGUCCCCAGGCGCCGGCCCACCUCCAUCACCCGCACCCGGGGAGCAACAAGGCUGCGGUGCACCAGGCGCAGCUUCAGCAGCAGCAGCAGCAGCAUCAGCACCAGCCACCACCGCCGCAGCAGCAGCAGCAGCAGCCGCCACCGCAACAGCAGCAGAUCCCCGGUCUGUCGGCCCAGCCUCAGCAGCAGCAGCACCAUCAGCACCACCAUCAGCAGCAGCAGCAGCCGUCACCCGCUGCUCCGUCCUCCCACCACCCGCAGCAGCUGCAGCUCGUCCCCACCUCGCCGCAGUCGCCCAAAACGAGCCAAGCCAGCCCGGACUCCGGCGAGGAGGACAAGAGGAGCCCCUGCUGCAAGUCCCUGGUUCCGCAGACUCCCACCACUCUGUGCCGCUCGGUUGGACUGGCCAGGAAAGCGGAUAACCAAACAGUGCUGCAUCAGUUCUGCUGCCCAGCCCCCGAGGCCCCGGAGGGGGAGACAUCGACCGCCUGUGUCCCCAGUGUGCAGACAGACGAGCGAGGCCGACAGGGCAGAGCAGGUAGACAGGUGAACCGGCCCUGCACACAGACGAUGACCUUCCUCCAGGAUCGUCUGUGGGGGAGGAAGGGAAGGGAGGAGAGGGGGAGCUGCAGAGUGAGGCCCAUUCACAGCCAGAACCAGCACCGGAACCACAACCAGCACCGGAACCACAACCACAACCACAACCACAACCACAACCACAGCUACAGCAGCAAGAGACUCGGCCACAGACUCCACCGCCACACCCACAGCCGCAAUCAGAGCCAGAACCAGAGCCAGAGCCAGAACCAGAACCAGAACAGGAGCCACAGCCAGAACCAGAGCCAGAGCAGGAGCCAGAGCCAGUGCAGGAGCCAGAGCCAGAGCCAGAGCCACAGCCACAGCCCCAACCCGAAAUCAAACCUCAGCCUCAACCCGAACCAGUACCGCAGCCCACACCAGAGCCUGAGCCUCAGCCUCAAGUUGAGACUCCGAUCGAAGAAGCCGUGUGGGACGCACCUGAAUCCCCUUCGCCGUGCGGAGAGUUCAGGAGCAAGAGGAUGA